GGAGGCUUGGAGAUUGGCUUUUUGAUUUGGCUUCUUGCUGCAGCUUAAUGGGCAAAGCUCGCGGCUCGCCCAGAAACCAGCCCCUCCGCGCGUCCCCUCCGCGCCGCGAGGCCGACACGUCCCCCGCGGUGACGGCGUGCCAGGCGGAGAGUCGGCGCGCGCCCAGCCCCGGGAAAGCCCCGGCGACGCGGCCGCGAGCCGGGGUCCCUCCGAGCCGCCAGGGCGCGCCGGGCCGCCCGCCUUCCUGCCCCUCCCGGCAGGGAUCCCCCCGCUGCCGGCGGCCGGGACUCCGGGCCUCCCCGCGCUCAACCCCGAGCCCGCGCCCCGGCCCGGGCUCCUCCGGGGGUCCUCGGGAGGGUCUCCCCGCUCCUCCCUAGGCCCCCUGCCCCGGCCGCAGCCCGCGCCCCACCUCCCCCACACCGGAAGCCUGCGAGCCCACGAGCCCCGCGGGCGGCGGCGGCGGCCGACUGACAUGCCCCGGACGCGGCUGCGGCCGGCGGGCAGCCCGCGGGGGCGAUGAGCCGCUGCGGCCGCUGAGCAGCCGGGCGGCGGGGCGUCGCGCACCUUCCUCUUCCCCCUCACUUGGCCGCUCCGCUCGGGAGACCGGGAGGAAACGGUCUCUGGCCUGUCAGGAGGACCAUUGGUGCUGCAGUGGAAGCCAGCGGCUAAAUCUCGUGUAUGGCGUGGUUAAGGUUGCAGCCUCUCACCUCUGCCUUCCUCCAUUUUGGGCUGAUUACUUUUGUGCUCUUCCUGAAUGGUCUUCGGGCAGAGGCUGGUGGCUCAGGGGAGGUGCCCAGCACAGGGCAGAACAAUGAGUCCUGUUCCGAGUCAUCGGACUGCAAGGAGGGUGUCAUCCUGCCAAUCUGGUAUCCGGAGAACCCUUCCCUUGGGGACAAGAUUGCCAGGGUCAUUGUCUAUUUUGUGGCCCUGAUAUACAUGUUCCUUGGGGUGUCCAUCAUUGCUGACCGCUUUAUGGCAUCUAUUGAAGUCAUCACUUCCCAAGAGAGAGAGGUGACUAUCAAAAAGCCCAAUGGAGAGACCAGCACAACGACGAUUCGGAUCUGGAAUGAAACGGUCUCCAACCUGACCCUGAUGGCCUUGGGUUCCUCUGCUCCUGAGAUCCUUCUCUCUUUAAUUGAGGUGUGUGGUCAUGGGUUCAUUGCUGGCGAUCUGGGACCUUCUACCAUCGUGGGCAGUGCAGCCUUUAACAUGUUCAUCAUCAUUGGCAUCUGUGUCUAUGUGAUCCCCGAUGGAGAGACUCGCAAGAUCAAGCACCUGCGAGUCUUCCUCAUCACUGCUGCUUGGAGCAUCUUCGCCUACAUCUGGCUCUAUAUGAUCCUGGCAGUCUUCUCCCCUGGUGUGGUUCAGGUUUGGGAAGGCCUCCUCACUCUCUCCUUCUUCCCCGUGUGUGUCCUUCUGGCCUGGGUGGCAGAUAGGCGACUGCUCUUCUACAAAUACAUGCACAAAAAGUAUCGCACAGACAAACACCGAGCAAUUAUCAUAGAGACAGAGGGCGACCACCCCAAGGGCAUUGAGAUGGAUGGAAAAAUGAUGAAUUCCCACUUCCUGGACGGGAACCUGGUGCCUGUGGAAGGGAAGGAAGUAGAUGAGUCCCGCAGGGAGAUGAUCCGGAUUCUCAAGGAUCUGAAGCAGAAACACCCAGAGAAGGACUUAGAUCAGCUGGUGGAGAUGGCCAAUUACUACGCUCUUUCCCAUCAACAGAAGAGUCGUGCCUUCUACCGGAUCCAAGCUACCCGUAUGAUGACCGGCGCAGGCAAUGUCCUGAAGAAGCACGUGGCGGAACAAGCCAAGAAGGCCUCCAGCAUCAAUGAGGUGCACACCAAUGAGCCUGAGGACUUUGUCUCAAAGGUCUUCUUUGACCCGUGCUCAUACCAGUGCCUGGAGAACUGCGGGGCCGUCCUCCUGACGGUGGUGAGGAAAGGGGGGGACAUGUCCAAGACCGUGUAUGUGGACUACAAAACAGAGGAUGGUUCUGCCAAUGCUGGGGCGGACUAUGAGUUCACAGAGGGCACUGUGGUUCUGAAGCCAGGAGAGACCCAGAAGGAGUUCUCGGUGGGCAUCAUUGACGAUGACAUCUUCGAGGAGGAUGAACACUUUUUUGUGAGGUUGAGCAACGUCCGUGUAGAGGAGGAGCAGCUGGAGGAGGGGAUCCCUCCGAUAGUCCUCAAUAAUCUUCCAUUGCCCCGGGCCAUCCUGGUAUCCCCUUAUGUGGCCACAGUCACCAUUUUGGAUGAUGACCAUGCAGGCAUUUUCACGUUUGAAUGUGACACUAUUCAUGUCAGCGAGAGUAUCGGUGUCUUGGAGGUCAAGGUUCUGCGGACAUCAGGUGCCCGGGGCACGGUAAUCGUCCCCUUUAGGACAGUAGAGGGGACAGCCAAGGGUGGUGGUGAGGAUUUUGAAGACGCGUACGGGGAGCUGGAGUUCAAGAAUGAUGAAACAGUGAAAACCAUAAGGGUUAAAAUAGUAGAUGAGGAGGAAUACGAAAGGCAAGAGAAUUUCUUCAUUGUCCUUGGUGAACCGAAAUGGAUGGAACGUGGAAUAUCAGCGCUCCUGUUGUCUCCAGAGGUGACAGACAGAAAGCUGACUGUGGAGGAGGAGGAGGCCAAGAGGAUAGCAGAAAUGGGAAAACCAGUACUGGGCGAACACCCCAAACUAGAGGUCAUCAUUGAAGAAUCCUUUGAGUUCAAGAAUACGGUGGACAAACUGAUCAAGAAGACAAAUCUGGCCAUGGUUGUGGGGACCCAUUCCUGGAGGGACCAGUUCAUGGAAGCCAUCACUGUCAGUGCAGCAGGAGACGAGGAUGAGGAUGAGUCCGGCGAGGAGAGGCUGCCGUCCUGCUUUGACUACGUCAUGCACUUUCUGACCGUCUUCUGGAAGGUGCUGUUUGCCUGCGUGCCCCCCACGGAGUACUGUCACGGCUGGGCCUGCUUCGUCGUGUCCAUUCUCAUCAUCGGCAUGCUCACGGCCGUCAUCGGGGACCUCGCCUCCCACUUCGGCUGCACCAUCGGCCUCAAGGACUCAGUCACAGCUGUUGUCUUUGUGGCAUUUGGCACGUCUGUGCCAGACAUGUUUGCCAGCAAAGCCGCGGCCAUCCAGGAUCUGUACUCUGACGCCUCCAUCGGCAAUGUCACAGGCAGCAACGCCAUCAACGUCUUCCUGGGCAUCGGCCUGGCCUGGUCCGUGGCCGCCAUCUACUGGGCCCUGCAGGGACAGGAGUUCUACGUGUCGGCCGGCACGCUGGCCUUCUCGGUCACCCUCUUCACCAUCUUCGCGUUCGUGUGCAUCAGCGUGCUCCUGUACCGCCGGCGGCCCCACCUGGGCGGGGAGCUGGGGGGCCCACGCGGCUGCAAGCUGGCCACGACGUGGCUCUUCGUGGGCCUGUGGCUCCUGUACAUACUGUUUGCCACGCUGGAGGCCUACUGCUAUAUCAAGGGCUUCUGAGCCUGGGUGCGGGGCCUCCGCUGCACACGCCUCGGACUUCUCCUGAGAGAAGGGCACUUGGCCACCGUGACCUCGCCCGGGGGGAGCAGCCCACAGAGGCCCCAGGAACCUCACCCGACCUAGGCUCCCCCGGCAGUGGGACUGAAAGGGCAGAGUCUUAACCAGUCAAACCGAGUGGAGGAAACACCCUCUUUACAAAGUAUUUAAUUCAAUACAAACCAACAACAGCAACAAAUCCACCUCCUCCCCAUCUUCCCACCCGUGUCCUGACCACAGCAGAGGUCAAAGCUUCCACCGCCCUCCCAUCAUCCUUUGCUGCUUCUCCUUCCCUGGGGCAGGGCUUCCACUCUGUCCUGUUGGUCGCAUCCCCACACUGUCCCUCAGCUGGUGGGGGUGGAAGGGAGUCCUAGCGCCCAGCACCCCCACCCCACCCCAGGCCACUUUCCGGUUCUCUCUUCAUCGUAGCCAUUACUGUGCUCACUUUGCCAUCAGGUGUCGCUCAUUGUUUGCUCGUUUGUCUUUUCUUUCUGAAGUUGGUUAACAUCGGUGCUGUGGAAGAACUCCUGGGGAGGGACAGGCAGAGGCAGGAUGUUCAGUGGCACCCUCUCCCCCUCUCCUCCGGUAACAGCUGUCUUUUGGCUCCAGCGGCGUUUUGCACCGCCCUAGACCCCACAUCUGCUUUCUUUCUCAGUGGGAGAGGGCUGGCGUUUGGGUGGUAGCGUGUUUGCACACCCAUGCGGCGGGCUGAAGAAUCAGGGCUGUGGCAGGGGCAGGAAGACCUUUAUGUGCUUCUGUCAAAAUCCAGUUUAAAGCAAAAAGUCAUGGUUCCUUCCCUCCCCUUUCCAGUUUACUCUGCCCAUCUCCCUGGGGCCGCGUCUAUGUGUUCAUCCUUGUGAGGGAAGAGCCACCACUUGCGAGAUGGGGGACAGGAAUAGGAACAGGAUCCGAUGACAGAGGACGGCUGGGGAGGCAAAAGGCAUAGAUGGCUUCUUGAGUCAUCUUUGGCUUCGGAUCUGAGGCCGAGCAGAAGAGCUGUCCACCUCGUGAGAUCUUUAAGGGGAAAGAUUGUGUUUUAAAGCGUCAUUGCGUCAGACAGAUGUCAGCCUCACCAGCCCCUCACUUUCUAAUGUGCCACACUGAGAGGUCUGACUGUACUUUUUGAGAUUUUUUUUUUUUUUAAUUAACUGAGAGGUUGAUAAGAAAACCAGGGGCUCCUUCCACCUCUCCUGGACCCUCAAGUCACGUUUGAAAGCAUUUUCACAAGAGAGGAACUGCAAUUUCUCAUCACUCCCACAUUCCUGCUUGUUUUUAAACCUCACGAAGCUCUUUUUCCAGCCUGUGGGCUAUUUCUUGCCCCACUAAGAGGAACUUUAGUUGCUAUCAUCCCACGGAGCUUGGGUUUAUAGAAAAAGAGAUUGCCGUGGCCUACAGACCUUUUCCCAACAAAUUUGAAAAGGACCUGGCUUUAAAACCCAUAUGCUUGUGUGUGCGCGCGCGUGCACACACACACACACACACACACACACACACACACACGGACACACAUAGGAACUCAUCACAAAACUGCCCACAGAUCUUUAGGCUUUCUGCAUUGACAUAAAUACAUUUUUUUAAGGGAAAAAAAGAGAAAUUAAAAAAACACCUGUUUAAUUUUAAACACAUUUUUUUAAGAAAAAAAUAACUAAAAAAGAAACAGUGCUCAUGUCAUAAGCUAUGUUGACAGUUGCCAGUGGAAAUGUUGGGUUGGUUUAAAAAAAAAAAAUAAAAGCUAUACUUAUAUCUCUCUAAAUACAGCUUGCUCCUUCCAUGUUUCUUCAGGAAGAGGUCCAGGGGGCCAGCUGGGGUUUUUCUUCUGGAGCAGAUGUGGUUGAGGUGAAAGUGCCAUCUCCUAUUUGUAUCUCCUGUCUGCCUCUGCGUCCCCUCAGAGGCCAGUGUUCCAGACCAGUGUUUUUAAAGCAAAAAAAUACGUCAGGGAAAUGCCACCUGUCAAAAGCUGGACGAUGGGAUGCUGGGGGACAGAAGCAGCAGAGCUGUGGUGAUUAAGGGAAGGAGGCUUUUGUAUCCGAAAGGCACUGCGGGGCAGCAGUUCAGCCAGGCAAACGGGGCCCUGUGUUUAUUAUCAGUAGGCACAUUCGUUCAUUCGUUGACUCAUCAUCUGUGCAACAAGUGGAUUUUGAACACCGUUGCAGCCUUGAGCUACAUUCUGGUGAUAGACGGAAGACUUCAAGCAACUCACGGUCCAGAGACACAGGUAAUGUGCCCUUAACCAGGGCUCUUUUGGUUCCAAGAAACAGAAACCCAUUAACCUCUUCCAAUGCUGCAAAGGCCUGGUGAAGGGGCUGCUCUCAUGGAACCCAAGACAGAAGGCACAGCUGGCAACAGGAGGCUGAAAGCCCUCGGGAACCAAGUCUGCUCUUCCCGUCCCCCCAGUCCUUGCUCCUGUCUCCCCUUCAGAUCUGGCCCCUUCCUCUCCCUCUCAAGGUGCUCUGCUCGCCAUGGCCGAGCGUGGCCACCCCCCACCAACACUAUGGCAUAACUGUAUAGCUCCAUUCCCACAAUUUACGGGGACAUCCCUUUUCUCUUGAGAAUGAAUUCUUAAUGGAGAGAAUGAGACCAAUCUCCUAUCCCCAAAGGGCUAUCCCUGAAAGGCAGAACCCUCUGUGGAGGCUGGGGGUGUGGUGCCUGUGGAUUGGGAGUUUGAUCUGAACUCCCAGUCUAAACAGCUCAGGAAAGGAGAGGGGUGACAUCACAGGUACUAUUGCCCUUUCCAAAAAGCCAAGUGUUGGGAAGGGGCCUAUGAAGCAUAUGAACCACCAAGGUACAAAUAAAAAUUCCAGUUCUGUCAUGAGUGCUCUAAGAAUGCCAUAAUAGGUACCACCAGCAACACUAACUCAGCCUGGAAGCAUCGGGCAAAACAGAGCACGUAACAUUUAAGUAGAUCUUGAAGGAAGAAUCUUUUGGUGAGGGGGCUUGGUACGAGGGGUAAACAGGUUAUAGUGUCAUCUAGGGAUAACGCUGGCAGGCUUGGCUAAACUGUAGGGUUCAAGGGACGCGAAACAACCCAGAGAAGUAGGCAAGGAGGAAGGGUUGGCUAACAGGCUCAUUCAGUUCUUUGCCAGCCGCUAAGAUGCAAAUGAAAAAUGUCCUUUAGCUGAUUACAUGGUAGAUGCUAAGUCAUGAGAUCCAUUUGCACCUACCAUUCCCCCUUUUUGAGGCAUUCCUGGGUUAUCUAGAUUUCAGGCUUUUAUCAAGGGAGAGGCUGGGAUAAACCAGAGGGAAUGGGAAAGAGGGUUGAGAAG